AUGGGUCGCGCGACGGACGGUUCCUCAGCAGAAUUGGAGGUGGGCACACUCGGAUGGCUCCUCUUCCGGCUGAUUUUCUUUCAGAAUGAUGCACAGUUGUGCCAUGGGCAAGUGACGUCCAACGCAAACGGCCAGCACUCACUCACAAAUCAACCGGGUCAACACGGAGCCCGAACCACACGAAACAUCCCGCGACUUCUUAGCGGCAUUGCUGGGGCGUCUACUCCGCGUCCCUCGACCAAGCGUAUCUGUAUUUAG